UCCAAGCAACAGAUAAAAAUUCUUGCGCUUCUCCCAAGCAGCAGGGAAGCUCCCAUUAACGGCACCAGCCAGAACAGAGGAACCUCUUCAUCUGGUCGGGGACGAAAUGCUUUCCCGGUGAUAUUCAGCCAGAGAAUCCCCAGAGGCCAUGCACCAUUUUAAUGCCCAUUGAGCAGGGAUUCUCCAAAGUUUCGUUUGAUUGGGUCUGAAGCAAGAUUUCACUGCGGGCCGUUGCGCCAGCUCAUGGAGAGGAAACACUUGAAGAAAGAAAUAGGAAAACUUUUGGUAGAGUACGUUGGCAUCAGACUUCGGGAAAAUGCAUUUGAUCCCCAAGGGAAGAAGCAAACCAACUUUCUAGAUGACUUGGCUCAUCAUGACUUGGCUGCAAAUGCUGCUUUAUCUUGGCUCAGUGAUUUAGAAGCCCAAACAUCUUUGGGAAAUGAGAAAACGAAAUUGUCUCAAUGGCAGAAGAUUCUCUCUCUCAACAGGACUGAAAGGGAAGCUCUGAUUUUAUCAUCAUAUGCUGAGAUGGUAAUGAACAGCAUUCCCGUUGAAGAAGUCUUUCGGAUUUAUGGGGCAGGUCCUAUGGCUUCCCGCUGGCAGAGCUCGACAAAAGGCCACUUGAUACAUCCUCGUAACCUCUCGCGGCAUCCUUUUGCCAUGCUGACGGCUCCCAAAGCUGCGGAACACGCCUGGAAACAGAGUAUCAAGGCUCACAGGGCUUCCGCCAACCGAAAUCCCACCAGGAGUUCAACAGAAAGGACAGCCGCCAAUGACGAACGAGGAGGACUGCCAUUCUGAAGAACGCCACGCCCAUGGAAAGGAGGCUUUAGAAAAAAAUCCAGUGCAAACAAAUUCUGCCAAUAAUCUCACGAGACCCGGUCUUGUGCAAGUUUACUCCCUGUGUUCAUUAUGGGGCUUAUUCACUUGUCAGCGUACUGUGGGCUGAAGCCUAAAGCUGGAAGAGAAGAUGAGCUCCAGAGUCCAGAUUGCAACUCAAGAGCAAGAGAUGUUCAUUCUACAAUGAGAUACGGUGGAAACAAUGGCCCUUUCCGCACAAAUCUCCUAAAACAUUUCAAAAACAUUUUCGGUCUUUC